AUGAACGGCGAAAUAAAUGACAAUACUCCAUGUACAUUCUAUGAAGCAGUAUUGAAAUCCAAUCGAUCAACUGAUAAAAAUCAAGAACCCAUUGCACCAGAACUCGCGGGACCACAGACAGUAUCCACUUUACCUGGCAUACUUCGAACUAUAAAACGAUGGCAAAAAAAGACUUAUUAUUCAUUGGAUUCUUCGCCAGACGAGAUUUUGGAUGAUAUGAAAACAAUCAUUCAUUCCGAUCUAUUACAUAUGCCAACCGUUUGUUCUCCAUUGAUAGAACCAAUGGGAGCAAAUAGACACCGUGAACGGACUAAUAAUUAA